AUGGGCAGCGGUCGCUGCGUCGCUGGGAAGGCAGGUGCGAGGGCAAGCGAACGCUGCCCUGCCGACAGCGAGCUGCAAGGUGCCAACAGCUUUGAGGCCGGGCUGAGACGCGCUGCAGCUUUGGGCACCGUUGAGAUGGCCGACAUCUGGAGCGGCCCAGAUGACGCCUACUACAUCGUGGAUCGCGACGCUGAGCGGGUCGUUCAGGUGCGCCAUGGAGAGGCUGUGGAGGUCAGCAAGGGCACCAUCCGCCUGGAGCGGCCCUGCGCUGUGGCGGUGGAGGGCCCCGACCGGGCCGUGUACGUCCUGGAUCGCGAAGGCGGGAAUGGCAAGCGCGCGAUCCAGGA